CGCAGGGAUGAAACUCCUGAUCACCAGAGGGGCUUUGAAGUCCUGUUUCCUUUCGCUCAGAGCCCAGGUCAGAUUCAGAGUUUUGCUCCUCCUGCUCCACCGAACUUCAGGAUGAGGGAAGAUCCUCAGAAGCAGAGGAGGGAGCUGACUCACUCCUUCCCGUUGUGAGAGAGAGAGAGAGAGAGGCUGAACGAGAGACAUAUGCCGAGCCACAGAAGAUGAAAAAGCUGCCAGCCUCUUGGAGCGAUGUGAGUAGGAGACUUGACGCAUGCUUUUGGCCGGAGGCAUCGGAGAAGGGACAUCGAAGAUCAAAACCAUCCCAAGACCAAAUGAAAUGAAAUACUGAACAAUCAACUGCAGGAGCUUCGGGAAAUGUCCAUCUGGAGGAGAAAAAACAGCUCGCCCCCUCGAAUUUGCAGCUUCCUUUUCAUCUUUACGUUGUGCCUUGUGUCGUAUUAUUGGAAGAAGAGCCGGGGCUGGGAUCCGUUGAGUGAAAAUGCCAAGCAAGAGAAACGUCCUGUCAGUUUUUGCAAAGGCCGGCUCGCCGACGAUACAAUCACCCCGCUCCGGGAUAAACACAGUUUUAUCAUCACCCCUUAUUCUGACAAGCGUGAGGGGAACCUCGUCCGCGUCCUGAGCGUUAUCCAUCAUCAAAAAGUCAAGGAGCUUUACUGCAUCUUUUGCUGCGAGAACAGCCAGGCGAUUCAGGUCAUACCAGGAGAAAUCGAUCUCCACCAAGACCGCUUUGAUUUCCCGUACGUCACCGCAGAUCUGCUUUGUCUUCAGCCAGAAGACUGCCGAGCUCACGUCAUUUCUGUCCAUCCCUGGAAUCCCGAGCUGGAAUCGACCCACCUGCCCCUAUUCCCCAUCCGAAACCUCUAUCCGGAGAAGCCCUCUGUGGAUUUCACGAUCUGCAUGUCUACCAUGUUUGGGAAUUACGACAACGUCUUGCAGUUCGUGCAGUCCAUGGAACUGUACAGGCUUCUGGGGGUCCAAAGAGUCACGAUAUACAAGAACAGUUGCAGCUCGUUGAUGGAGAAAGUCCUCGAGUAUUACAUCUCCCAAGGCAUCGUGGAAAUUAUUCCUUGGCCCAUCGAUUCGUACCUGAACGUCUCGAGCCACUGGCAUUACUCCAUGGAAAGGAAAGAUUUCGGCUACUACGGGCAAAUCGCGGCCUUGAACGACUGCGUGUACUACAACAUGUUUAAAAGCAAAUAUCUCUUGCUGAUUGACCCCGAUGAGUUUAUUCUUCCCAUGAAGGAUGAGGACUGGAAGUCCCUAAUGGAAAGAUUGGAAAAGGAACAUCCGGGAGUUGGGAUUUUCCUCUUCGAAAACCAGGUGUUCCGUCGCACCGUUUUCUCCGAGACGCCUUUCAACUUUUCAUCCUGGACGACGGUGCCGGGAUUUAACGUCUUUGAACACAUCCACAAGGAACCCAACGACGUUCACAGUUUCAAUAACGUGAAAAUGAUUCUGGAUCCGACCAGAGUCAUUCAGACCUCGGUCCAUUCUGUCCUCAAGCUGUACGGAGGCUCCGUUCGAGUCCCCAACGAUCUCGCCUUUAACUUCCACUGCAGGAUCCCCGAACGUACGAACGUGCCCAACAGCGCUUUGAUCCAAGACCCAACCUUCUGGAGAUACAACAAAACUUUGAUCCCCAAAGUGAAUGAUGUCUUAUUUAAAUCCGGGAUUUUAGGAGCUGGUAAAUCUGGCGCAAGAGCAAAAAAGUUGAUGCCUUCGUAAAUAGCAUCGGUGUGUGUCUGUGCAUGGUUUUGUGUGUGUGUGUGUGUGUGUGUGUGUGUGUGUACACUCACAUCUAUAUUGUCAAGUGCGAACAACCAGAUCCACACAUGAAAAAUGGAUAGGAAUCGUCUCAGUCUUACUCAGGGUAAAACUAGAUAAGGUUCAAUGGGAGGGUUACAUUUCACCUACCAUAUUUUUCAAAGUAUAAGACGCACCUUCCCCCCCCCCCAAAAAAAAGAGGGUGGAAAUCUGGGUGUGUUUUAUACUCCAAAUGUAGCCCCGCCCAGCUUCUCAAACAGAGGUUGCAGUGGCUCCCCAAACAGAGCUUCAGAAAAAAAGCCUCCAAACAGAGCUUCAGAAAAAAAGCCCCCAAACAGAGCUUAAGAAAAAAGCUUCCAAACAGAGCUUCAGAAAAUAAGCCCCCAAACAGAGCUUCAGAAAAAAAAGCCUCCAAACAGAGCUUCAGAAAAAAAGCCCCCAAACAGAGCUUCAGGAAAAAAGCCCCCAAAUAGAGCUUCAGAGGCUUUUUUCUGAAGCAGUUUCAGAAGUUUCAGAGGCAGAAAAAAAAGCAAAAAAAAAAAAGCAAGGCACAGAAUUCACAGCCAAGGAACCUGUUGCUAAAAUUCGCCUCUGGGAACAGCUGAUUGGGGGUAUUCCAGGAGGCCGAUCCACCUGCCAAUCAGCUUUUUUUCUUAUUUUCCUCUGCAAAAACACUAGGUUUGUCUUAUACUCCGUUGGGUCUUAUACUCCAAAAAAUACGGUACUUGCGUCCAUGUAGGGAUUCCAGACUAAUUCCCUGCUUGACUCCUCCUGCCCCCAGCUAGGUCAGUCUCUCUCCAACAUACACACAGACAACUAAGCACAAAGACACACACACUCCUCAAUUGAUUGCAUGAUCUACCUCUCAGUCUUGACACUAUUUCUACUUCAGGAACACAAAAAAUGCUCACUUUGGUGCAGCGCCCUCAUCUUAAAACGCUUUUCGUGGAAAAGACUGAUGGCUAGUCCUUCGAUGGCGGUCAUUGAAACUUUAAACACAGGUUGUCCUCGACUUACGACCACAAUUCAGCCCCACGUUUCUGCUGCUAAGUGAAACGUUCGUUAAGUGAGUUUUGCACCAUUUUUUACGACUUCGCUUGCCACGGUUGUCAAGGGAAUCGCCGAAAUUUGUUAAGUUGGCCACCCGAGGUUGUUAAGUGAAUCCGGCUUUCCCCAUUGACCUUGCUUGUCUGAAGGUCACAGAAGGGGAUCACAUGACCCCGGGACACCGCAACCGUCAUAAAUGUGAGUCAGUCCCCAAGCAUCGGAAUUUUGAUCCCAUGACCACGAAGGUCAGAAGUGUGAAAAAACGAUCGUAAGUCCCUUUUUUGUACAAUCCCGUUGUCACUUCAAAUGGCCACUAAACGAACGGUUGUAAGUCAAGAACUGCCUGCAUUUCGCCAUACCUUGGUUGGUGGGUUAGUCUUUCCCGUAAGGUUGUAGCGUGUUCUCAUUCUGUAGCAUUCUCUUUUAUUUAUUAUAGGUUCGUUUCAUUUUUAGAACUUCGCUGCUGUGGUGGAACUUGAUCACAAUCCGUUGUGCGGUCGAUCUCCUCGAAUCAUUGGGACCGAUGUUGAAGAUGUUUAAGCUUAUCGAUCAGGGCAGGGGCGUCAAAUUCGAUUUCAUUGAGGGCCGCAUCAGGGUUGUAUUUAACUUUGGUGGAGGGGGCAGUGUGGGCGUGGCCAGGGCAACCUCACUAGUGUCAGGAGGUGCCUGUGGCGGCCCAAGUGCCCUGCCAGCGAAAACGGGCUCCCGAGCUCCGUUUUCAGCCGCGACUCCUUCCCGCAAUGCUCUGUCAGCAAAAAUGGAGCUCCGUUUUCGCUGGCAGAGGCACCACGGGCCGGUCCUUCGCUGUUUUUAGGGCGGCCCCGUAGGGCAGAUCUAAGCACCCCGUGGGACGGAUCCAGCCCCCUGGGCCUUGAGUUUGACACCCCUGAAUCAGGGAAAAGAAGGCAGGUCUUCUAAUCCAGUGGUCUCCAACUUUUGCAGCUUGGCGACCUGGCCCAGUUUGUGAGUGGCAGCAGUGAGUGGAUGGGAUUCAGCCGGUUCGCACCACUUCGGGAGAACCGGUGGUUAACUUUCUGAGCAGUUUGGCAACCUGGUUGUUGGAAGAAAUCAUUAGGGCAGAGAACUGGUGGUCCCACCACUGAGUGGCAGGCAUGUGUGUGCAUGCACACGGUUCCGUGGGCGCAAACAGCGACGAACCGAGGUUCGUGUUUGAGUGGAUGUUGCGUUUGUGCACCAAGCUCCACAUGUGCAAGCAGCGGGCACUUGUGUUUGUGCGUGAAGCUCCACUUGUGCAAAUGAAGCUGCGUGCGCGAGCCCAAACACCUUCUGCUCAAGUGCCUUGUGUCUGCACACAUGCAGCGUCACGGCUGCGCACCUGUUGGCCAUUCCUGUGACUGGAGCUUUGCCUACGCUUGUCCAUCGCUCAUGCGGCCCGGUUUCGAACCGGCCGCGGCCCGAUAGUGGGAACCCCUGUUCUAAUCGAUCUUGAUUUGAUUGAAAAAAAUGGGAAGCCAGAGGGAGAAAUAAAUAAGAAAUAAACUGUGAGUUCAACCAGGAAUCUGUUGUUUAUCUGUAGAGAAUGGAUGGGUGAUAUCCAUGGCAAUUGCUUAUUAAGCCUUGAGAUAAAAUCCAAUAGCAAGUAUAGCCUGGGAUUUAAUGGUAUAAAAAAAUGGAAGGUGGUACUUCCCUUGAAAAACAAAAAUAUGUCCAUGUACUCAGGACAAAAUCCUGUAAUGAGGAUAAAUAUCUUUGUUCACUUGAAAAAGCUGCUUUAUUGAAAAUGGGGCUCCGAGGUUUAUAAUCCUAAUCAUGUUCAUGAACUUCUGUUAAAUGGAUUAAAAAACUCUCUUUCUAAAGAGUUGUCCAUACGGAAACUUUGAAGGACAAUAAAUUUAUUCUUGACAA